UGUGAAUCUAUAUAUAAGGACUCGUUCAUUGAUUUAAGUAGGAGUGUAUUGAAAGAGAUUCUACGUUUAGUUUAUUCUUGCUAGUACUUUUAGAAAUGAGUGCUCCUGUGAAAAAAGUACCCAUACAUUUACAGAGUUCCCAAAAUCGACUUCUUAUAAAGCACGGGAAGGUUGUUAAUGCCCAUGAAAUCAUUGAUACUGAUGUUUAUAUUGAAGAUGGAAUUAUAAAGGAAAUGGGAAAGAAUCUUAUUAUUCCUGGUGGUACAAGAAUUCUCGAUGUGAGAGGAAUGUAUGUCUUACCUGGUGGAAUCGAUCCUCACACUCAUUUUGCAUUUGAGAAAUCUGGUGUAAAAUCAGCUGAUGAUUUUUAUCAAGGGACUAAAGCAGCAAUCGCUGGAGGGACUACGAUGAUAAUGGACUUUGUUUUUCCUGAAAAUGGAGAGUCAUUAGUAGAAGCCUUUUACUUAAGGCGGAAUGCUGCUGAUGACCAAAUUUGUUGUGAUUAUUCACUGCAUGCUUGUGUUACUUGGUGGUCAGAUGAGGUUAAAAAAGAAAUGGAAGAACUUUGUAACAAACAUGGAGUAAAUUCGUUUAAAAUGUUUAUGGCAUAUAAAAAUGAGUAUAUGUUAAGUGAUAGCAACUUGUACAGUGCAUUUGAUACCUGUAAAGAAUUAGGUGCUGUCCCUAUGGUACACGCUGAGAAUGGUGAUAUUAUUGACCAGAAUGUUAAGAAACUCUUAAGUGAGGGUGUUACGGGCCCUGAAGGCCAUGCUAUUUCUCGACCUGAAAUUAUUGAAGCUGAAGCUGUCAACAGAGCCUGUGUCAUUGCCAAUCAGGUUAAAGGUCCUGUGUAUAUUGAUGGCCUAACAAGCAAAAGAGCGGCUGAUAUUUUAGCUCCUUAUCGGGAAGAAAACAAAGUUAUUGGUGCUGUAAUGGCUUCUUCUUUGGGAAUAGAUAUUAUCUCAUCAUCUGUUAGCACUGUCACUGAUCCUCCACUACGAUCUCAUUCAUCACUUCAUCUAAUUCAGUUGUUAGCAGAUGGAUAUCUUCAAGUUACUGGUAGUGAUGAUUGCACUUAUACAAGCGAACAAAAAUCAGAAGGAAAAUCAGAUUUCACUCAAAUACCUCCUGGGGUAAAUGGUGUUGAGGACAGAAUGUCAGUUAUUUGGGAGAAAGGUGUUGAGUCUGGUGCUAUGGAUCCUCAACAGUUUGUUGCUAUCACAAGUGCAAAUGCUGCUAAAAUAUUCAAUAUUUACCCUCAGAAAGGAUGUAUAGCAGUUGGUUCUGAUGCUGAUAUUGUAAUUUGGAACCAUAGGAAGACACGCACUAUUUCUGCUAAAACUCAUCAUCAAGCUACAGAUGUAAAUAUUUUUGAAGGUAUGGUAGUGCAUGGAGUGCCAGAAUUUGUUAUUGUCAAUGGACGCGUCUGUUUUGAAGAAGGUGAAGUGAAACCUGUACAAGGCUUUGGAAAAUUUAUUCCAACUUUACCUUUUCCUCCCUUCAUAUACGGUUCAGAAUCGGAUAUGUUAAUGUUCUCAAAUGGAGAAAGCAAGGUUGAUGGGCUUAAAGAAGAUAAAGCAGAAGGAAGUGAAAAAUCAUUUAGUUCUGCUACAGAGAAAAGUGAUUAUGAUAUGUUCCCAGAUCGAGCUGCACAUGCUACUGGAAAAGGUGCCCGUCAAGACGGACAGCGUAAUUUACAAGAAUCAACAUUUUCAAUAAGUUGUGAAUUAGAUGACACUGGUAGAAGAUCUUGCAUUCGUGUCUAUAAUCCACCUGGUGGUAAAUCAUCUGGUGGCUUUUGGUAAAUCAUAUAUCAGCUAAAACACAAGUCUCCACAAUCUUUUCAUUAGCAAUUUAUUGCUUUGAGAUCCAAAACUACAGAAAUAACAUUUUCUAAUUCAAGGAAUUUAUUUCCAUUUGGGCUUCCUGAAAUCAUCUUUAUUUACCCAAGUGUUAAUUUGAAUCAAAAUUCGACUUAAUUCAUAUUCUGUAAAAAUUGAUUCUUUCUUUUGUGACAUUCUUUUUCAUAUGUAUUUUGAAAGGCUAAAUUGCAAAAGAUCGAUAAAUUGUUAUUACCCAAAACUUUUAUUUUGUGUUUUAAAGACCACCUUAAGUAUUUUGGAAAAAUAAUAAUAUAAGGGGGCAUUAUACCAUUGUUUGUCAUUAUUCAUUAAUGUUUAAUUAGCUUUUUAUUUGCUUAUUUACAGUUGAAAUUUAAUGUUAUAUAUACAUUUUAAAUGAAGGUUACUACUUUAAAUGUGAAAUUUAGUUUACAAUGUUUUGUUUUCUGUUCAAUAAUUUAUAAUAAUCUACUUUGUUAUGUAUAUUUGAUUUAUUUGAUCUGUUAAAAUAAUAUAUAUUGUUUUGUUGUUUUUCUAUCUCCUUCAUAUUAUUCUUUUAUUUAAUGAUUGAAUAAAAAUAAACUUAUCAAGUUUAAAACCUAAAAUAAAAAAUACAUCAAAAUGGUUACUAACUUCUUGAUAUGUUUAUUUUAUCAUUAAUUAAUAUAAUUAUCUGUUUAUUAUCGUUAAUCAUAUUAAUAUUUAUUAAUAAGUGCCUACAUCUUGUAAUAUUUUCUUUGUUUGACAUUUAUAUGGAGAUAUUAUUGAAAGACUUAUUGCAUUUGUGUAAACAUGUUUAAUUAUGUUUUAGUGAUGUUUGAAGCGGGAAAAUAUUGAAGAUUGUUUAAUAUAAAUUUAAAAAACCUAUAUGUAUUGUUGAUUCUCAAUGGUUUGCUAUUAUUAAUUUCGGAUUAUAGUGUUAUUGUUGUUUUUUUGUUUUGUAAUUAACAACUUUGUUAUCAUUAAAUAUAAUGAUUUUUGUGCCAUCAAGAAUCAAAACCAUUUUAUCAUUAUGUAUGAGCCUUUUUGCUUUGACAAAUCCAAUUUUUUUUAUUAUGUAGCAAUAAAAGCAUAUACAUACUUGAAUAUAGAUUUUACAAAACAGGAAUCAUAGAUAAUUAUAUGGAUUAGUAGAAUAAUAUUUAUGGUAAAAUCUUUUUGACUCAUACUUUUAAUGUAAUAUGCCACCCAUACUAAAUUUAAAAUACAUCAACUCAGAUUUUCUCUACUCUGAAAAUUAUACAUGCCCUUUUAAUGUUUAGCUUUGCUUAUAAGGUAGCAUGUAAGCUCAGCAUUUAAUCUAUGUUCACCUAUGUCUUAUUUAAGUUUUUGUAGUAAUGAGAAAGAUGUGGAGACGAGUCAGCUUGUGCGCCUUGGGGCUAGGCUGUAAGGAGGGAUUAAACAAACGUGAAAUUUAAACAAUCUCCUUUUAUUAAGCUUUUUACAAAUUAUCCAGCUAUUAAUUAUUUUGAGUGUGUGUAUAUAUAAGUAUACAUCCACACAUGGACAUGUAAUGUGUUCUUUAUUUUAUUGUUUCUUAUAUUAUUUUAUUAAUUAGAUUUAUAGUAUGUUGUUAGAAACUUUAUUACUUUUGAGUUAUUUUUUACUUAUUUCUUAUAUUAAUUUAUAUGGCACAUUUUAAGAAAUUAAUGAAUAAAAUAAAAUACUAUUGUAUGUAAAAUUGACAUACAGAAAAAAACAUAAAAUGAACAAUUUAAUGAGUGCCAAUCAGUGGUACAGAAUGGUACCAUGGUGCUUUUUAGAUCCCUUGGGCAUUUCUGUUUGGAGUACUUUAUCAAUAGUAGGUGUGUUUGCAUGUGAUGUAAAUCAAUGUAUGAAUGUAUGUAAAGAUUCACUCUUUCAAAAAUAUUAUUUAUUUACACUUCUAUGGUUGCAUACAUAAUUUGAAGUAGAAAUCAUUGGGCCAGUUAUUUUAUUUUUUAGUAUCAGGAAGGUUUUUAUGUUCCAUAAAGUUUUUUUAUAUUAAAAAAACAGCAUCUAUGAUUACUGUUAAAUAUUUUUAUAAUAUUAGCCUCCAUUAUUGUCAUUUUCAAGUACUCAAUCUACUUAAAUUAUGGUAGUAUUUAUAGUUUGAUAAAUAUAUUUUAAUGCUUCAUUUAUAUAUUUUUGUUAUAUUAUUCAACUAUAGCUUUGCAUUGAUGAAAACUUCAUUUUCCUUAAUAAAAUGAGAUUAAUUUAUGUCCAAAAGGUAAUGUCAGGAUAUAAUUCAUUUAAAAGUUAGUUAUAAAUAAAGGAAGGCUGGCCAUUAAACAGUGCUAAGGUUAUAUUUAAUACAUUCUCAUUUGUCAGUGUAUUGAUGUUAUUGUAUGUUUAAUGUAUUGUGAAAGAAAUAAUUACAUUAAUCAUGAUUAAUUCAUGUGUAUGCUUAUUGUAUUGUUCGAUUGCAAGUAUUAUCAUAUAAAAAUUCAAUAAAAUUGUACUUUAGGCACUGCCUGGAUCACUAAUACUAGUAUCAAGAACUAUGUAUAUUAUCAAUUAAUACUGCCAUAAAUGUUUUGUUGAACAGCAUCAAUUUAGUAUUAAACAUUUUCUAGUUUUUUACUAAUUUUGAACAAUGAUAUUUACUCUUAUAAACAAAUGUUUACUUAUUGUAAUGUGCUAUGUCUAAUUGUAUUGCAUUUUAAUGUGCAUAUUGCACAAAUGUAACUAUAUAUUUUGAUAUGCAUAGUUUUAUGUUCAAAUUUAUUUGUUAAUAUUGUUUAAGGCAUUAGAUUAGCUAUUUUAAUUACCUUUUAAUUUUAUCCCUUAUGCGACAUGCAUAUGUUUCAUCAUCCAUCAACAUUUUCAAAUAUUAUAAUUUAUAGUUGUCAAAUUUGAAGUCAUAAAAGAGAUUUAUUUAACUUAGUUUUAUAAAAGUAUACAUAUCUUAUGUAUAAGUACUAUUUAUUAACCUCCUGUAUUUUGUUUACAAUAGAGUAAUUUAAGUAUGCUAUACAAUUUGAAAUUACAACAUUUUUAUAGUUAUUCAUAUAACUACAAACAUAUUUAUAGUUUUUCAUAACUUUGCUUAUCUCUUCUAUUCUUGGUUACUGACCUAUGUCUCUUGUAUGGAAAGUAGAAGUGUUUAAGAAUGAAAUAGUUCAGAAGUUGUGAAUAAUUGUUUAUAUUGAUAACUUUUUAAAAUAGUUAUUAAAAGAAAAAAAAAAUGGUAUCUGAUACAAAUUUUUAUAAGGAAUCAAUACAAAUUUUGAUCCAAAAAAAUAAAGUUUAGAAAAUUUCUUAUUACAUGUUAAUAUCUUUCAAAAUGAUAAUCUUCAAUUUGAUGAACCAUAGUAUGUUGCAAGUUCUGGUUUUAGGAAUAACGUGUAUUUUAAGAGUUUAAUUUUUGUUAUUUGAUUCUAAAACUAAAUAUUAUGGAAAAUGUGUUUUUUAUUACUUUUAGAUAAGUUAUUUUAUAAUCAAAAAUAAAAGACCAAAGACUUGUUUGAUUUGUUGCUUUGGUUAGGAAUUUAGUUGAAUUGUUGGUUUAAAAUUAUUUAUUUGUUAUGUAAAUAUAUGUUUAACUCACACAUUAUGUAUAUUGUUCAGCUUUAAUACUUGUGUUAAUGUACAGCUUUAAUUGAUGUUUUCAUUGUUUAGCUUGUUUCAUUAAUUUAUUAAUUACUAACAAUAUUAUUAUGAAACAAUUUUCUUGUUUUGUUUAUUUAUGUUGAGAGGUAUUAUAAAUGUCACCAAUUCAAGUACAUUAUACUGAUUUUUCUUUUUAUUAAAAAACAAAAACAAAACUGGUUGUCAUUUUUGCUGCUAUAAAAUUGGAAUUAAAUUAUUACCUUUGUAUAAGUUUAAAUUUUUGAUAUGCCAAAGUAGAUUAGAAUUCAUUUAUUCACACCUUGCCCAUAGGUUUAAUUUAAUUUAUAAAACAAAAAGUUGUAAUUGACAGUGUUUUGUAUUAAUAUCUAUAUGUUUUCUAAGGGGCACUUAAUCUCUCUCUUCAGCAUAUAGCCCAGUAUUGGUUUAGUUCCAGAAUAAAAUAAUUGAUUUUAGCCUAUCAAUAAAGCAACUGUAUUAGAGAUGUGUCAAAUGAAAGAAAAUUCAGAUAUUACAUAAUAUAAAACGGCUUGAGAAAUAAAUUAAAUUUUUUAGAGUGGAGGAAGAUGACUUCAUUGCCAGGGGACGCUGAAUGUGUUUAGGCCACACUGAAUAACCUUUUAUCAGUUACUCCUGAUGCUCAACCUUCAGUUUAACGAGCUGGUUAUAAGUUCUCAAAAUAACCAUUUUUUGGUUUCAUACAGGAAGGAGGGUGAGAAUAUAGUUUUGGCCCCACUCCCCCAAAAUUUCAAAAAAAUAAUGAUUAUAUUAAUUUAGAAUUAGUCAUACAUAUUAUGAAUGUAUUAUUGAUAAAAUAAAUGGAAAUAUACUUUCUUAGUUUAA